UGUUUCUUUUGUGGGUUCUCUUGUUGGCAAUCGAUGCAUCGCCAUCUGAGAACACAAAUUUUACUCGUUUAGUUGACUAUGAAAUCGAACCGUCAUCCAAUGUGCAGUGGGGUGAGGACUAUGCCUUAACCUGUAUUUUAAAAGAUCGCCAAGCUAGCCACGCAUUCUGGCUCAGAAAUGGGGAGAACCUUGAAAAAAAGGCCCAGAACAAAACAAGACAGAAUGGAUUCCUAAGAGUGACCUACAAGAUACAGAACUUCAGCAGUAUGGAUCUGGGGAACUACAGCUGCAGAUGGAGGUUUAAAAGAAAAGGCUUAGUUUAUACUCGGCAAGGCAAGGUACUGAGACUGGUUAUCACACCAAAAAAGAGACAAGACCGGGCAGAUGAAACGGAAAAAACGGAGCAGAUUACUCCCCAAAGUAAACCAGACCAGAAUGAUGACCAAAACGUAUCCACAGCAGAUCCGGCUGCCACAAAUAACCAGACCUCAAAAGAUGCUUCAACAUUAACAACCCUUAAACCUACAACCACGCCAAUUGCGGAAAGAAGUAUCUGUAAGAUGUUGAAAGUAGAUCAUAUCUAUGGAUGGAAUCAAGAUAAAUAUAGGGCAGGAGAUGUGCUAUCCAUCCCAAAAGGUCGCCUGAUGAACGAAGUGCUCACGAUAAAGGCACGAUACAUCUUCUACAAUCGUUAUAAUAACUUAAACCGGGGUAACGAAUAUGGUUCAUCCUGGGAUAAUACAGAUUGGAGCUCUCACAAAAAAAGAAGGGGAAACAUGAACAAACCUGCCAAAAGAAGGAGCGGGGAUAUCAAGGGUUCAGAAGAAGCCCCAGAUUUUAAUGGAGCUCCCGAUGAAAGAUUAGAGAACCAGGAAGAUAUGACACCCGACGCGACCCCGCCCGCGCCCUCUCAGAUAGCUACUAAAAUAGACCCCACACAAGAGAUCGUAAAUUCCAAGAUAAAGACCCAGACUGAAACAUUCAAGGUCUUAUCACUCAACCAACCGGAAGAUUCCUUUCACCAAAAAGGCUCAAUUGAAGUUAUCAUCAAAAAAACUACAAACAGGAGAAUCGGUCAAACUAGGGCAGAUUGGUUCGUCGACGGAACCAAAAAGUACCCCUUCAAUGACGGCUACAACGAAAGCCCGCUCUGGUUGGAGGAUAGUACGGAACUGAAGCUCCAACUGAGGUACAAUCCUGAGAUUGCAUCGUUAGAGAUAAUAACUUCACAACAGACUGGCCAACUGAGAUCCAUCAGGAUACCCCCAGAAGAUCUCAAAAAUUUAACCCAAAUAAGUAUCGGGGAUGAUGUCAAUGGCGUGUCCAUUGACUAUAUUUCCAUCUGCCAGCCAAUAAAACCCACAAUCUCUCUCACCAUGGAAGUCAAAAUGGAAACUGUCAAUCUGAUAUGCACUUCAACUGGACCACCGUUUUUGACGGGCUACUGGAAAGUGGGUUAUCAGAGGUUCUACUACAAUAGAGACCUACCAAAUGUUAGAUUCACUGAACAAUUGAGUGACACAGAAGGACUACAAACGCUGACCCUAACUCUGAAAAUUACACCAUCAUAUCUACAAACUAGAAAUUACGAGUGUAUAGUGUUCAGUACGUCCAAUCAGGGGCCUGAUAGCAGGGGAAUUAAGAAAGUUAUCACAGUACGAGGGGAAGACUACAGAGAAAAAGAUCCCAACUGUUCGAAAUGUGGAGAUGGUGGUAGAGCAGCAGCUGAAGAGGAAGCCCGUCAAGCUCGAUUAAGGGCAGAAGCGGCAGCCCUUGAACAGGCAGAGAAGCUGAAGACCGCAGAAAAGAAAGAAAAAAGGAUGACAAUAGCGCUAGGAUCAGUCUGUGGCCUCCUUCUCCUCAUGUGUUUCCUCCAGUAUUACCUUCUUAGACUCUACAAAAAAGAAAAGAAAGUGAAUGCAGAGGAGGAGGAGGAAGAGGAGGAGGAGGAACUGUCAGAAGUAACCAAAUGGGAGAGGACAGUGAAUCGGUACAAGGACUAUGGUAUGUACCCCGCGACCUACAAUCCUGACUACGAUGAAAUGAGGAGGAAACGAUACGGAGAGAAUUACAAAGAGGAGCGUGCAGCUGCAGCUGCAGCUAAGGAAGAAGCCGAGAAAACAGGACUUAAAAAAGAGUUGACUGCAGAUGAGAUUUUGAGGUUGAGACAAAGGGAACUUGGUCUUUUCGAUUAGAACAACGUGUGAAAAUGGGGACGCGGAUUUGCAGAUAGGAAAAGGGAAACAUAGAAAAUCCAGCUGCCACGUUUGGUAAAGUUCCUGGUUUUGCAUUUUACCUUAAUUCAUUCCAGAACAUUUCAUCGGACUUAGUAGUUAUUACAGCUUUCUUGCAUUUUCCCUUCAAAGAUGAUUUUACAGUUUCGUUAUUAUUACUUUAAUAGUUAUUCAGAAUGAUUAAUGCAUAAAACAUGAUUAUUAACAAAUAUUUGAUUAAAGGGCAUUAAAGAUGACCAGAUUGUUGUAAGAGCCAGUAAUUGAACUUAUUUAAAUUUGAAGGAAUCUUAGGAUGAGGCUUUUGAUUUGCACUCCAAGAACUAAAGUCUAAAUACCUUUGUUUUUUCAAGUUUAUUACGUUAUCUGGCGGGCCAGAAUAGAUUUUACCGUUGUUUGCCAUCGAUGAUCAAAUAUAGUCAACAUAUGAACUUGAGCUAUGGGCAGAUACGUACAGAAAAAUUCGAAUUCUGAAGAUCAUGUUUUGAAAAAUCUUAAAUUAAAACUUCUAUAAUAUGUUACACGUUUUCUUGGUGACACGAAGACUUUGUAAAAUUUGGUAAUAAAGCUAAUCUUUCACAUCCGUCUUAAUGGCCACCGUAGUAAAUUUAAUUUAGAUGACCGAAAAAUGUAUAAACAUUCUGCCUUAUCCACGCACUGUUUAUAUUGAGCACAAAAAUACCUUUAAUUUUGAAACUUUUAGAUUUGGGAUCGUAAAGAGAACAAAACCAAUUUUAUUAGAUAGAGAAGAGUCAAGAUUUUGUUCAAAAUUCAAAACUAACGUUUGGGGACUUAAUAGAAUGGAGAUAAAACGGUAAUUUGUACAUUUUUAGAUUUCUUUAAUUAUCUCACACAGUGCAUCUUAACAAUUUUGUAAUUUAUACUUACAACCUGGAUCAUUUGAUACAUUUGUUCGUGUUUACAAAUAAAGCUGGUAUGUAGAAGAGAUAAUAUUAUGCUUUUAGUGUUAUCGUCGCUACUUUAACGAGAUUUCUUAGCGUUAUCAAUUAACAGUAAUGGGACACAGCAGUUCUAAGAUCGAUUAGUGCAUUUUUGUUUGAUAAGUAGUUCUAGUCACUGCUUAUCAGCUUUACUAAAGUGUUUAGUUUGUUUCAUACUAUACUAUAAUUUUCCGAAUGGAGUUGUACAAUGUAGCCCAUCCAUAAUUACUUGUACAUGCUACGAAUUUUUUUAACGUUUGAGUUAAUAAACUAUGAUGAUUAUAUAAUAUGAAUUUUACUUAAUAGAGUGCUUAUCUUAUAGUUACAUUUUUUACAGGCUCUAAUUAUGUAGUUUUACGAAGAUUUCAAGCCUUA